CCAAGAUUGGCGCAGGCGCAGUAGGAGGCAAGGACGCUCCCUCAGAUCCUAUCUCACGAUGCUAUUUGGAAAAUUUGCACAGCCAUUACAGAGCUUAAAGAAAUUUCCAUGCUUCUGUCACAACAGACACUUCUGGGGGUGGUUGAAUGCGGUGUUUAACAAAGUAGAUUAUGAACGAAUAAAGGCUGUUGGUCCAGACAGGGCAGCAUCUGAAUGGCUCUUGCGUUGUGGAGCAUUGGUACAAUACCAUGGUCAAGAAAAAUGGCAGAAGGACUACAAUCAUCUUCCAACUGGUCCUUUAAACAAAUACAAGAUAAAAGCAAUUGAUGCCACUGACUCUUGUAUCAUGAACAUUGGAUUUGACUACCUGGAGGGCCUAGAACAUGUGGAAGAAAUAAAACUGUGCAAAUGUCAUUAUAUUGAAGAUGAUUGUUUGCAGAGGCUUAGUCAAUUAAAAAACCUACAGAAAAGCAUUUUACAGAUGGAAAUCAUUUCCUGUGGGAAUGUCACAGAAAGGGGUAUUAUUGCAUUGCAUCACCUAAGAAACCUUCAGUAUUUACUGUUACAAGACCUUCCGGGAAUAACAAACCUAGAACCUGUUAGUCAAAUCUUUCGGCGUUCAUUACCUUCUCUGCAAUUAAAAAUUGACCUGAAGUAAAAAAAACCCCAAACACAUUAAUAGUAGUGUUCACUUCAGCAGUUCAUUUGUAAUCAAUGAAUAGGUUGAACAAAAGCAUAUAAGGACUUGUAUCUUUUGAAAUUGCUGCUUCUAAGAGAGUAGAAUUCACAAGUUAGACACAAGACAUUAAUAGAAGUCCAUUGAUUCAUUUUUUGAACUUUUAGCGGGGCAAAAGGGAUGCCAAGUCUGUUGUAUGCAGAAAUUCAAAACAGUAAGGUUAUCGAUUAGUAAGUAAGAAUUUAUGUAUAUAAAAUUAUAUUAUUCAAGAAAAGUGCAGAGCAUCACUUGCAUGCUAAUAUAUUUCUCAAAGAAGAUAUAAAAUUAUUCACAAUGCUAUUAAAAUAUAGCUGCUCCUUAUUUUGCAUUUCAAUCAUUUGAAUUUCAUUGUAACAACUUAUUGAAUUUGACAUAAAUUCCACACUUAGAGGAUUUUGAAGCAGUACUGUAAAGUUCUCCAAGCAAUUGAACAAUGUACAGUCUGCUGUUUUUCUUAGCGUGCCUUUCAUAUCACAUGCAUCAAAUCAUUCUCAUCCCAGUCUUCUGUAUGGGGUUUUUCUUGCUAUACUGGCUUCUGCCCUUUGUUCCACCCACACUUUUAGAUUAUGAAUAAUCACCUAUUUAUUGUAAACAGGAUUUUCUUUAAGAAAUAUGUAGGUGAGUAGCCAAACAUCCAAAUAGCUCAAAAUAAAUAAAAAGAUAAGUAUCAUGAAGAUUAAAGAUGGUAAGAGUAACAUUCUAUUAGGAUUUCUGUCAAUAUAGAAUUACAUUUAUAUGUAGGAAAUUUUAAUAUGUUGAUUAGAAAUCUUUUGCUCUUGGCUACUCUUCCCUUUUGAUCUGAGCUGCUAAUUAGGAUGCCAUUAGGCCCAAACAAUUCAGUAAUAGAUCUAGAAAACAAGAGUGAAGAAUGAUUACCUAUACUAAGCAAAUGAAAAUGUUUUUUAAACAAGUAAUUAACUUGAGUGUUUUGUUGUAAUUUGCUUGGAGUGCCUAAUUCUGUAUUUAGUUAGAAUGUUAGUUUUAUUUAACUUGUGUAGUAUCUUUUUUUUGCACUGUAUAUAUAUAUGAAACACUUUAAAACUAUAGACUUUUUUAUUAGCCUUGCUUUAAAAGUAAAUAUGAUUCAAGAGAAAAACUGGAGAAAUGUGUUCUAGCAGUGUUAAAAAAAACUUUUGGAUUAAAUAUUAAUUGAUCAUAGUC